UAGCCAUAAAUAAAAUAUCGGCAAAGUGGUGUUGCUCGCUCACAUCUUCCCUUCCCCUACAAAAAUAUUCCAGAGAAUAGCAAAAGGGGAAAGCCUUCUCCUUCUCUUCUCCUUCUUCCUCCCCCUCCUCUCUCUCCCUCCCUGCACACAAUUGGGUUCUCUUUUGUCUCUUUCCCACUUCAUGACGCGUUUGCUUCAAUGGCGGCUCUCGCCAUAGCUUUCGCUUCUUCAUAUCUCUCCCAUCUUAUCCCCGCUGCUCCAGUUUCUCAGUAUUUCUCCUUCUUCUCAUCCACAACCCACAAAACCCAACCUAUGCUGCUCUCCCACCUCCUCGCUUUCUUCUUCUUCUCCUUCGCCUUCUCCCUCUUCUUCUCUCUGUUUUUCCUCUGCAGAAGUCUGAGGAGACAGAGGCGAGAAGAAGAGCCACUUCUUCUCCGAAACCCGGUUGUCAAAGCCGAAUCUUUGUCGAAAUUGAUUCUAACCCGCGAAAACGAGAACGGCCAUUUGCCUCAUUCCCUCCUCCUCGAAAUUUUGCCUUCCGAUUCCCCAAAAUGGGCUGCUCUGUUUAGCGGUGACCCGGAUGGAGCGGUAUCGGGUCCUGGGGAUGGUUCAUCCGCCGGUGGAGAAUCGCUUAAGUUGAUAAAGAAGAAGAAGAAGAGAGCGAAGAAGAAGCGAUUGGAUUCGAAGGUGGUUGAUGAGAAUGCUGGCGGUGGGUGUAAAGAAGAGAAGGAUUUAGAUGGGCCGGGUUUGGAUUCGGGUUCGUUUAGUGUGAAACCGGAGUUGGUUUGUUUGUACCCGUUUACAUCAGCCAGCAGUGCCACCCAGAGGAAGAUUAAGCAGCAGUAUGACCAACUAGUGAAGUGCAAUGAAAAGAGAGGAUUGACAUUGGCUCAGGUUGCAGAGUUUGCUAAUUGCUUGGUCGAGGCUAGAACCGAGUUGCAGCACAAGUCAGAGGUAAUUAAGCGGAGGUUCACGAUAACCAAAGCUCUAUUAUUCAAGGCAGACAGAUCUUCAAUAGAUCGCCUUCGUCAACAGAUAUACAAGCUAGAAGUAGAACAAAAGAGAUUAGAAGAGGAUGCAUUUGUUUAUAAUUGGCUUCAACAGCAGCUUAAACUCUCACCUGCUUACAAAAAGAUGCUUGAAAUCAGUGCCAGCAUGGAGAAAGAGACCAAGACUAGUGACAUGAUGGAAGAGAAUGAUGCUGAAUGUGCUGAUAUCUCAUUUGAAGAGCUAUUAGCACAAGAAAAGAAGGACUCAUUUUGGCAGAAGAAUGGGAAGUCGCGAACAUGGACGAGUUAUUGAGAGAUGGCAUUGCCAUGGUGCGGGUUAUUAGCAAGCUUGACGCUCGAAGUACCACUAGGAAUCACGGCUUUCCGUCACCACCUGGUGGCCUGCUGCUUGUGAGCACGAGGUGUUGAACUGAAGGAAUCUGGACUCUGCUAAUACUGCUGGUUGCGCAUGGGUCUUCCCAUGCAAGCUAAUUAAUGUCCUGUAGGAGUAGUGUCUCCAUGAAUUUUGGCCUUUUUUUGUGGUAAUAAUGGUUUCUUUACAGUAGUUUGCUGAGACCUUGGGUGGAUGGCCUAAUCCAGCAUGUGCCUAGGGCUGUGCCACAGGUUUAUCAGUUACACCCCCAGGUUUAUCAGUUGCAUAAUGUAACAUCACUAAAUUGAGAUGGAAGCUCAUUUGAUGAAAUGAGAUUGGUAAUGGUUUCUGGAGGGCUUAAAGAAUGAUGGGUAUUUGAGUGGAACCAAAGAUGUUUAGCCCUUUCUAAUUUCAUUAAAAAAAAGAGAGAUGGAGGAUACUGGGGGCAAGGAACAAACUUUGGCUGCUGAAGUUUGUGCCUUUGAAGGAACAAACUUGGUCGCUAAAUGAUAUUUAGCAGCUGAAGUUUGGGAGAAUGACUUGCGUAAGAAUCACUGUCUAACAUAAUUUAACUGAGUUAGCACAUUUUAACUCAUUUCAAGUCAAAUCAAAUUUCAGCCUGCAU